UGCAAGCUCUGUCAGUGUUCAUUCCAACUUCCAAGUGAAGCCUGGACGCCUUUUGAAUUUCUCUCUCCUGGUUCCUCGAGCUGCCCCAGUGCUGGUGAUUCAGCUGCCAUCAGGUUUUGAAGGGCUAGUCAAAUCCAGGCUAGGAAGCUACAGGUUUUGCGGAGCAAAGUGGCCUGCGGGAAAGUAACGGUGAUUGUGUCUUUGCCACAUUCUGUUGCGCAAGAACGUGGCAUCCCAGUGCAUUGUCUAGCAGCGGCAAUCCGACUCAUCUUGAGAGACCCCAACGAAGACUGCUCUGCUUGUUGAAGGAAGAUGAACUCUACUUGCUUAUACCCUGCUGGAUAAUAUCAAUCCUAUGCCAGCAUACUCUUCAGUUUUUCUACAUUAGACGUUGCCGGCAUAGCAUUUUUGGCGUCAAGUGAGCAGGUUUAGGGGUUUUGGAAGCCUGCAGUCUGCAGGUUGGCAACGUUGUUUGCAGAGAUAGGGGUAGGAGUUAAGGUGGUGAGGACCGUCAAGAGAUUCAAAGGAUCGUCGUUGUUUCGAAGUUUGGAGGGGUCCCAUGUAGAGGAAAGUGUGCACCAAACGCCGCAUCUUUUCAGAACUUCCAGGACAGAUUCCACCAGCUUCUUCUAGAGGCCGGCUUGUGGAACUAUUAACCCCUGGCCACACCUGCAUUUGCAAAAUACAGAGCCCCGGAGUUCUUAUGUCCAGUACAGCUGAAGACAGGCGGCAAAACGUCCAAGCCCAAGCUGCCCUCAUAGGGUUGCUCACUCUCACCACUGAUUGGUCUGAACCCUAACAGUAAUGCUAGAGCAAAACAUGCCUUUGGCCCAAAUCUGAAAGGCGGUUUUGGACUCCACGCACCAGACUAGGUGUGCGUAAGCCACUUGCAUAAGCUGCAUUGGAGUGCAUAAGCCCAGCUUGGUUAUAAAAGCAACCGCGGGGUUUGGUAUAUGGCCUGGAGGACCGGCCCCCAGCCAGUAGUGAUAGAAGGGCCGAGACAAGCAGUUGGGGGGGCAGAAAUCCUGGAUCUCAUGAGAGCGGCCUCCCCCCCUAGGCAGGGAGAGGAGGAUGGCGGUCUGGACCUCUACGGGGAGGAUGCGGUCGCUGUGCAGUACAAGGCCUGGAAGAAGCUGCACCCGUCUGCUCUGGAGUUCUUUGACAGCAUUACUUCCAGCGCGCGGGACAAGCGGGUGGCCGUCUUUUUGGACUACGACGGCACGCUGUCGCCGAUAGUGGAGGACCCGGAACGCGCGUUCAUGUCAGACCAAAUGCGAGCGGUUGUGAAGGAGGUGGCGACGUUGUUCCCGACAGCAAUCAUCAGUGGACGGGGGCGGGAGAAGGUGUUUUCGUUUGUCAAACUUUCGGAGUUGUACUACGCCGGCAGCCACGGUCUGGACAUCGCAGGCCCCUCACGGGCGCCAGCUGGCAAUGGGAGCUCGGAAGCGAUCCCGGUCGACGGGGCAGAAAAGGACGACUUGUCGGUGUUUCAGCCGGCCGCCGAGUACGUUCCCCUGUUAGACGAAAUCUAUGCUCGGCUGCAGCGGGAGGUUGCACCGGUGCCGGGGGCGUUUGUGGAACACAACAAGUUUUCGGUCACGGUCCACUUUCGGAGGGUAGCAGAGCAGUACUGGGAGCAGCUGGGCGAGAUCGUGCGGACCGUCGUGAGCGAGUACCCAAAGCUGCGGACAACGCACGGGCGCAAGGUGCUGGAGGUGCGGCCGAAGGUCGAGUGGAACAAGGGCACCGCGCUUGCGUACCUGCUGAAAGCUCUAGAUUUAGACGACUCGUCGGGCGUUUUGCCGCUCUACAUAGGGGACGAUCGGACGGACGAGGACGCUUUCAACCUGUUCCAGGAGCGGGGCUGCGGGUGCGGCAUCCUAGUAUCGACCGUCGCGAAACCCACGGCCGCCGCAUACUCGCUACGGGAUCCCUCGGAAGUCUCCGACUUUCUUCAUCGCCUUGUGAAAUGGAGGCAAGAAGACCAGAAGGUUGAUCAGGCCUCCCAAUAAUUGAACGUGCAGUGUAUGUACAUUUGCGGAGACAUGGCUUGCCACCACCUUGCAGCAUAAGUUGUGGCCUUGACGGGACACGCUUGACGUCCAAUCAUGAAUCAAAUAUUGCCUCAUGCCAGGCUCUACGGCCUUUUGUAGGCUGCAUUGAGAUGGGCUCUUUGCAUACGGUGGUGCACCAGAGGACAUACUCAGUGCUUGCGGCCAAGUAGAAGAAAAGAUUGAACCUAGAUUUGGAAUCCGCGC